AUGCCACUUGCCAAACAGAAGGGAUCACUUCCACGUGCCUUUGCCGAGUUGAAUGCCCACUUUUUGCCAUCCCGAGGUGACAUUCUCACGAGCGCGACGAUCACGGUAGAAUUUGCCCCCUUGAGCUCGCCAGCCCCCCCGGAUGGCGCAACAGCAGAAGCGGGCGACACAGGCAACUGCGACACCGCUCUACUGCUGACGUUGUCGCAUCUGCACGAAAUUGGCGAGGCUCGUGUGUGGCUCGAACGGAAGGGCGAAGCCAGCGGCGAGGGUGUGGGAGAGUGGCGUCAGCUUCAGCUGAGUACCUCGACUUUGUAUGAAGCAAAGCGACGUGUUGUGCGCUCUGUGGACGGGAAGAAACCAGCUGCUUCGUCGUCGGCGCUCGCUUCCGUUGAACUUACAAAUCCAGUUGCUCUCGAGCCCAAAAUAACCCGUGUGGGGGAGGAAGAAGAAAACAAGCAGGGGAAAGAGGACGACGAGGGGGAUGACGGAGUUCUUGAGCUCGUGUUUGGGUCUAGCGACGACGAGAACAACAACACUCCUGGUAAUGGUGACGAUAAUGACGCCGGUAGUGGUGAGGCCAGCAAACAUCCCAAGGAGAACGCAGAAGCGGGGGACAUUUACGCUGUGCCGUCGGGGGAAGGCGGCGAAGGAAGCAACUACGAUGAGGAUGACAACACAGGCACACAGUUUGUGCUUAGACUAUGGCCCUCUGCUGCCAGUGGAGCGCGGGCGACCGAUGAAGGCGGAUGGUUCACAUCGCGCUGUUGCAUUGAGGUUAGGCUGCUGCCUCCACCACGGCUGGCGAGCCUCUCUUAUCCUCGUUUGACCGUGUCCUCACUUGUGGGGAAAACGCACCCGGAGCAGCAAGGGGUGCGUGGCUUCGAUAACGAAAGCUAUCUGUUGUUAAUGGGGCAGCGUUUUUACGAUUACUUUAUUUGUCCUCGCGUGGCGUACGCGGAGGGUGGACCUGAUGCCGCAGCCUUUACGGCCGUGGAUGUGUACGUCACAGCGGUGCGUCCCUUCCCAGGUGCGGUAGACGCUCCUUGGGAGGUAUUGCACAUGUGUCCCUUUCCAAUUCUUCCCGAGGAUUUGCUGUGCGCUUUUGUGAAGCCACAAGAGAGGGAUGACACAUGCCCUGUCGCUGAGGAAAAGCACGCCGGGGUUCGUUGGCGUGUGCGACAUCACCCCGCAUAUACGCUUUUGUCGUCUGGCGAGGAAGAUGACGUGAGUGUUGCAAGCCGUCUUUACUUUUUUCACUGUGAUCACGCCUUGUGUGAUUGCCUUCUUCCGUUGAUGCGGCUGGCAGAAGAGGCUUGGGAGGAAACAAGUUUGAGGGCAGCGGUGUGCGUGGCUGCCGAGCACCGCCGCAGUCCAUCCACCUGGGUGGUCACUGGCUGCAGCAACGCGUUAUUGAGUCUUCGACGUGGCACGUUGUGCACACGGGGGGCUGUCGUGUUGGUGGCGGAGGUGCUGCAAACCAUGCGGAAGCCCGUCCCCUCGCUGUCCUCGCCGUUGCAAGUGAAUGUUCUGCGGGCAAAAGCAUCAGUGUUGAGUUCCGCCUUGGAGGCGCUGUGGCGCAGAUCCGCGGGGAACGGGGCUGUACCCGAGUUUGCGGUCGCUCUCUCAAGCCCUGCGCUCACUCGUGGGUGGGCCCUCUGUUUGCUCUGCAACGAGUUUGGUUGGACGGAGCUGCUGUCUCAGGAGCGCCGGAUCGCCUCAGUUACUAUUUCUGCCCUGUCUCACGGAAACCCAUGGUGGUUACCUCAGCGUUAUGCUCAAGAGACACAUGAAACACUUCUAUUCUUGUCUUCCACCUUUGUGGUUGCCUCUCUUCGGCACAGACGCCGCUAUCCAUGGCAGCUUAUUGAGCAACGCAGCAGCGAUGCGCCACCAAUAGAGAUGCUGGGCGAGUCGAGCAUCACGGUCUCUAGUGGGAUGCAUCUUUUCCUUGUGCAGAGACUUUUGCUGCAACAGCAGCAAUGCAGAGUAGGGGGUGGAGAUGCUACUUCUCUGCCUGUUGUGUUCCAAGCCUCGCUUUACUACGAGGAAGAUCAAAAGCACGAUGCGUGUCGAGAUGUGAAUCUUCGCUUAACAUGUGCAAAUAACAACAUCACACAUCGCCUGCGGAUGGGUGGCAUUCAAUGUACAAGCUCCAUGUGGAGUCUCGAUGUUCCAUUCACUGUGGUGUUCUUUGCUCUUGAGGGGGCAUCGAGGUCUUGGCUGCCGCCGGCAGGAGCGCGAAACGAGAAGAAGCUUCGGUGCCGCGCCACACACGUGUUGCACUGCUGUUGGAGAGUCUCUGGCCUGGCGUGGGCAAGAGGAUUGGAUCAACACACAUCCUUCUCCCUGUUGGGGAUGGAGACAGAAGAGGACGGGAAGGAUGCCCCGACGAAGAAAGAAAAACUGGACAAAGAAGAUGAAGAAAGAGGAGAAAAUGUCGAGCCAUUUUCCAUGAGAAUUCCCGUGCUAACGCUAAACCCCAAACUCGUUCCGGCCGCACUCUCCAUUUGCGUCCAACACUCCUGGUUUUGGUCCAGGUUCGCUUCGCCCCUGGAGGCACUGGCACUUCAGGUUAUGCUGCAGCAUAUUAUAAAACAGGCUCUGGGGGAGGGUGAGAACCACGUUGAGGAGUCAGAUCUUGUUUUUACGCCGCUGAUGAACCAACUACUGGAGGGCAUCCUGGAGGAUCGUUGCCGCUUAUCCUGUAAGGCAGGAGAAACUUCGCCCGCAGAGCUUUUCUUAGGUGCUUUGCGGGCUGUGGACCCUGGCGCUGCGUCCGUUCAAGUUCGGAUUUAUCCCAGUUUGUGCACGCGAUUUGUGCAGCUUGUAUCAAAGCUUAACUCGAGUGCUCCUGUCGCCCUGGGCUCUGCAGUGAAGCGGGAGCGGAAUGCCGAUGAGGUGCCUUCACUGCCUGAGGGUCUGAACGGUGUGAGGGCGAGAAUGCUGAAGCUUCUUCGGACCGUUGAGGCGUACGAUGCAUUGUUGCCGCGCACAAGGCCUAGGCGGCGACAGCGACAUGAACUACAAGAAGGAGGGGAAGAACAACGACAGCCGCAGCGACCACGACUGUUAUUGAGCCUGAGAAGACGGCCAGCUCUCCACCAGCCGCAGGAGAAGGGGCAUGAAGAAGUGAAGCUGGGGAAGGCAACAGAUAUGAUGUCGGCGCACAAUCCCAGUGAUGUCGCAAGUAUGAUUGGGCGCGUUAUCACUAAGGGCGCUGAGGCCGGCGUGACGGAUGGUACGCUCCUUGCCGCACGCUCAGCAGCGUUGUCGCUGGUUAUGCCGCUGUGGUUACUGCUCCACGACCGGCCUGGUAUUUCCGAGGCGCGGAAGACGGCGUUGUUGGAAGGAGCGGAAGACAUUUACGAGUCCCUUCGAGGCGACAGCGCUGCGGCUGAAUUGGACGCCGUCUUGUUUAGGGGGUACGAGUCCCUUCUGCCAAAGAGGGAGCCGGCUGUGCGGCGGAGGGAUGGUGCGGGCAAUUUCUAG